AUGAUUUCUUUCAGAGUUCUCAGAACUGCGACCCGUAGAGCGCGCUUCUGCCGCCCGCUGCCGGUCAAUACGUACCAGAAGCGUACAUACGCUCUGAAAGAAACCAACGAUCCCCCAAAAUUAGCAUAUUUUCUGCUGGUCGGUGUGUUUGGUACGCUCGUUUUUGUGUACGUUGCCAACAAAGUCAAUGACCAGGAUGCGUCCAAAUCGCUGGCAAAGCGGAAAACUACUUUUACCGAAGAGGAGUGGGAGCAGCAGAUGAAUCAAAUCAAGCGCAAACAGCUGGCCUUUGACGAUUCCAACAACUUCUAUUUAGUUCCCUACGGAGCGCACAGAGAACAGAAAGUGAAACAGCUUGUAGAGAUCCUUGGCCCUAACACUGCCACGGUGGACUUGAACGAACUCAUCAAGCAGCAAAUAGAUGAUCCAAACUCGCAAUACGGCGCACUGUUAGGAAAGACUCUGGAUACCUACGAUCCUCAAAGAAACACAUGUUUCUAUACCUUUACUUAUAAAUUGGCUACUGGUGUAUUCACCAAACUUGUGAGAACUGAGAUGCAACGACUCAAAGCUAAAGAUCCCCAAAUUAAGAAUUUUGUUAUAUUGAACUAUCCGAACUCGAUGCCCGAGGCUGUUAAAUUUGAGCAGGAUGUGGCUAUUGUCAAGAACCUUGUUCUUUUGGACGACAAAGAAUCAAAUGAGAACAUUGUGGAUUACUUCCGGACCGUGGAUAAGGUUGUAGACUUACAGAAGCUAGAAGAAUAG